AUGAGUGAUGAUGAAACAUAUGAUUUCUCGAAUGAUCCUUUAAAUAACUGGCUUCUUCAUCACCAAAACAUGAUCAAAUACGUCGAAAUCACUUCCAUUACUUCUAAAAACAAGAACGAAAUCAACGAUAACCUUUUACCUCAAACUAUUGCACGUUUAGAAAAAAUGAUAAACGAAACAAUCAUUCCCAGCAAGCCAGAGAAGCCAUAUAUUCGCGAAAUCAGCCAUGGAUUAAGCGAUGAAUCCACAUCAUAUGCUCAUUAUCACUUUUAUCUACAGAAUAAGAUAUACAACCAACGAAUUAAAACAUACAAUGACAUCAUACAUUCUAUGGAUGAGCUCCUUUCUGCUCUAAAACAAGUAGCCAGAAAAACUCGACAAGUAAUUAUAAAAAUCAAUGAACAAUCAAUUUAUUGGCAACUUUUAAAUGAUGAUAGAAAAGUUAUUCAGCUCAAUUCUCGUGAUUCUGACUACAUUUCGAAAAUUACAUCUCUUGAACUUUCAAUAAGUGACUUUUCUAGUCAGAAAUCGAUACUUCGGAACAUCAUAUUCUCAAUGAAAGCUGUUUUUGACCGUACUAAGCACUGUAUCAUCCCAGAAAAUCCAUAUCAAGAAAGAUUGAAUCAAUUACUUUUUUCCAAUAACUUUAUUUUCGCAGACCAGAUCCGAGACAUCAUGAACAUCUCAUUACAAAAGGAUCCGCACGUAUUCAGUGACGAAAUUGUCCAAUUAAUCAAAAAUAUUUCAGAAGAGUUUGAAAUUACAGAUGAAAACGAGCAGAACAUCAUUCUCUGGACGACGUUCCGCUCGAUUUUCAAUGCCUGCAUCCAAUCCAACCCAGAUUAUUUUUUCCGAAAUGAAGAACCACAUUUUAGGCCAAAAAGCGAGUCAAUAACCAUCGACCAGAUAGCUGUGAAGAAGGAAUUCCUACCUCCCCACGAAGAUGGAGAUUCAGUCCGUGUAAUUGUUUCAAAAAGUAAAAAACUGACAGAAGCAGCCGAAAAAAUCAACUCCAGUGCAUACAUGACAUCUCCAUUCGAUGUCAUGGACAGGAUAUACAGUGCUCUCUCUGACAUAAAGGUCUAUGCGUUUGACGCAUCAACCGAAAAAAACAGAGAUGAUGCAUCGACAUUCGACUGCGUUUUUGGCCUUUUUCUCCUUGUUUUGCACUCCUGCGACUUGCCAAACGUAGAAGAAGUGUUUUCUUUCGUACAAAACUUCUCUCCAAUCACUGCACUGACUUCGCAAUUGGAGUACGCAAAUAUGACUAUUUCUGCUGCAUUAGUUCAAUGCAAAAAAUUGUCUAAUUAG